AUGGCUGUUUCUCUCCCGCCAGGCUCUGCUCCCGGCCGGCCCAGUCUGACCCUCAACUUGGGGCUUGGCGGGGGCGGGCUGGACGACCCGGCCGGCUCUCCGCGCAAGCGCAUGGGGCUGUGCCUCAACCUGCCGGGCAGCAACUUCAUCACCGCCGGGGGCGACCACGUGGACGUCUCGUUGGCGCUGGAGCGCCAGGGGUGGUAUCAUGGGGCUAUAACCAGACUUGAAGCAGAAAACAUUUUGAGGCUGCUAAGGGAGGGCAGUUACCUUGUUCGCAACAGUGAAUCAACGCGACAAGAUUAUUCCCUUUCACUAAAAAGUGCAAGAGGAUUCAUGCACAUGAGAAUACAACAAAAUAAAGAAACUGGUAAAUUCAUCCUAGGACAAUUCAGCAAACCAUUUGAUAGUAUUCCUGAGAUGAUUCAUCACUACACUAUCAACAGGCUUCCAAUUAGAGGUGCUGAGCAUAUGUGCCUGCUCCAUCCAGUAAUUGAACAGUUAUUAUAGCUCUUACUGCAAAAAUUAAUGAGCUAAGAUAUGAAUCAACGCUCAUUAAUGCAUUAAUAGCAUUUGAGGUACACAGCUUGUUUUGAUAUACACUUAAUUGUUACUAUUAUAUUUCAAACUGAAAUAUUUUCAGAAUACCAUUUCUCUCAUCCGAAUAUGAGCAUUUUGAAGUACAUUUUGCUUCUUAAUGGUUUAAUAUUCAUGCAUUGUGUUGUUUCUUUUUUAGAAAUUUUUUUUGUUAAUAAUUAAUAAUAAAUGUUUGUAAAUAAUACAUUGAUAACUUGCCCAUCAUACUACAAAAUUGCUGACAUUUGCCUAUAAUAUUUCUCUAGAAAUUGCUUGAAAUAGUGCAAGAUGAUCUCUGAAUUCUAUUAUUAUUAUUAUUAGAAUCCAGCUGUUAAACAGCAAAGCAACUGUUGUACUUUAAGUGGCACUUUUGCAUAUUGAUCUUUAUGUAUUUCUGCAAAACAGAUGGAUUUUAUCUCGUGCUGCAGUGUAAAAGUUACCUUUCUCUGCUCAGUGAAAGACAAGAAUUAAUCAAGAAUGCAUUGUAUUCCAGGUUUGUGCACAAAUUCUGUUUCAGUAUAGAUGUAAGAAAGGGAAUAAAUGCACAUAAAUGUGUUAAUGAAAAAUUUUCAUGAUAGUAGAAACAGAAACUUAUUUUUGGACAGGAUGUAAAUUCAUUUGUUCAAUGAAAACGUGCAAUGCCAUAAGGGUGCAUGAAGUAAAGUAUGGAAACUUAUCCAAGCCAAAGAAUAGCUGUGAACUUUUUGUAUAAUAUAUAUUAAAUUCAUCUUAGUCAUUUACUACUUAUGAUAGAUUUUAAGUUUGUUUCUUCUUCUACAGUUUUAUGAGAAAAAACUUAGGGAAGAAAUGUGUACUAUUUCUUUUGUGUAAGACAAAAGUUAUUCAGUUAACUAUUUAUGAGAUGCAUUUUUUGUACAUAUAUCUAAUUUCAAUAUUGUUUUGUGAAUAAGAGAGUCCAUUGCAAAAUGGUCCGUCCAACUUACCAUCAGCCGCCCACUCAUUGCAAUAACAAGAUAUUUCUCUAUAAAAUUAUUUUUAUGACUACUGAUGAAUCUUUGAAAAUGAAAAUUUAAACAAACUAUUUGGCUCUAUUUCCAAAAUAUUUGCAGUGCACAUGUACAAUUUCUCUAUUUUAGGGCUUAUGAAUAUUAAAAUAUUUUGUCACCAUAUUAUUAUUAAGAUAUUGUAGAAUCAGAUCAGUUGUAUGAAUGAAUUUCUUUCCUGCAAACAUGUGAUACUCAGCUUCUACAGCAUUCAUGAAUAAUGAGAUGGUGGCAGAUCCUGGUUUUAAGUAAAAGUACAUCUAUUCAUAUUGCUUUUAUGAAUGGGCUUUACUAAUGAACUAUGCCAUGAAUGGACUUAUGGACAAAUAUGUUCUUCAAAAAAUCUUUGUUUAAUUGAUCUAUAUAUCUAUUUCUACUUUGUCAUUAUGCAUGUCUUCGGUAGAAUUGUCACAGUCUACUCAAGUGAAUGAAACUUGAGCGUGUAUAUUAGUACCAUGUUUCUCCAUGAACUAUGCAAGAAAUGUUUCAACAUUCUUCCAGUAAUAUUUUAAUUUUUGACUUACUGAAAAACAUUAGAAUUUCAAGUCUCAUCAGCACAGAAAAGAAUUGAAUAAAAUCUAACACUUGGAGAAACACAUUCAGAUCUGAAGAUUUGAGUAUUUCCCCUUGACUUUGUGCCAAUAUCAGCUUGCAAAUGAUGUAAUAACAAAAGUCCCUUCAUCUUUAAUAAUUAAACUUUAGAGUCAGUGAAGGAAUCCAAGAAAAACCCUUCAUAGAGACAUAUUCUUGUACGAAUAUUUGAAACCAAGUAGUGUCCUUCUAGGAAGUGCGCAUUAGAAAUUGAUUUACAACAUAUCUGAUCGGCAUAUUAAAAAACCUACAAAAUUUUUGUGAAAGAUAUAUCAAACACUAGAAAUGUUGUUUUGCAACAUGAUACUUCAAUUACAUCAGAUUUUGGCAGUUUAGAGAUUAAAAUGAAAAUUUACUUCAGUUUUUAACACAACCACAAAGUUAUCAUGUGGUUAAAACUAGUGUUCAAUGUAGUGGGAAGUUGGAAAUCAUAUGAGAGUGUGCCAAAUUUAAAAGAAUAAUCUAUCGACUGUUAACAGUGAAAUGGACAGUAAUGUAAAAAUUAAAUGAGAAAGUUUUUGAAAAGUUAUUUUUAACUUAUUACAUUCUUAAUAUUUAAUAUUUUCUGGCUGCUUUGAAUAUUUGUUCAAUGAGGAUACGAUAAUAAAUCAAAUUAGAAUAUUGUAUAAUAAUAGUGACUAUUUUCAGUGAAAUAUUCUUUGUGAUAGUAGAGAAACAUAAUGAAAGAUAAAAUUUUAGUGAACAUUUUAUUGUAUAAUUGCAGUAAUUCUUCCAUACAAUACAGCUUUUAUUGGCCUAACUGCACAAUAUGACUACGUCUCAGUUGGUUGUCAGAAAUACCUCACAUUAGAUCUUCCCAAAAUUGUUUUUGAGUCAUAAUGAACUCUACAGUCUGCAGACUUCCAUUGAAAUGUAUGUAUAAUUAGGUACUGUCAGUGCAAUAUUAGGUUUAUUUGUCUAUAGAAAAUAUAUUUGUAAUAAAAUAUGUAAAUAAAAAAUAUUAGGUGAAUAUUUAUAGAAAAUGCAGGCUACCAGUACUAAAUGUUAUAUACUGUACUUAAAUAAUACAAAUUUCUGAGCCAUGAUUAUAACUGGGUCAGAAAAAGUCUCCAAGAAAACAUUACAGUGGUGAAGAACAUAACUUUUUUAAAAUUGUAUAAAACCAUGAGGAAGUACUUUUGAAAUUUAUUUUCAAUGAGGUGUGUAUAUUUCAAAUGGUCUGUACCAUGGAUCAGUGUUUUCAUGUAGCUAUGAACAGACACAUUUUAGAUAUUUUCUUUUGAUUAAUGGAGUUUUUAAAAAGUAAUUGGAAUAUUCUUCUAUUUCUUUAUAAGUUUUUCUGAUCACUUUAAGAAAAAAUACAGUGUUUGUAUUAAUUUGAUAUUGAGAAAUGAUGAAUAAAAAGUGUACAUUUUGUAUUAGAAUAUCAUUUAUCAAAUUGUAUAAAAUGGUAAAAUUCUUAUCAAAUAAAUAAUACAGUUGUACCUAUGAUGUGAAAUACCUUAUUUUACAUUGUAUUUACAUCGUGCCUGUUCUGAAUUACUUGUGCUCUGCUACAUUGCAGAAAAUGAAUGAGGAUGUACAUCAUUGAAAAUAAAUUUUCAGACUAGAAAUUGAAAGAGAAGAAAUAAAGCAAGUCCAAUAUUUUGAAUAUUUGUGAAGAAAGAAAUGUCAUGCCAGAAUAUACAUGUAUUUGUCUAUUAAUUUACACUAAAAUUAAAUGUAUCAGAGCUUCUUUUUCAUUCAUUAUUAAUAAAUUUUAAUAUCUUAUGCAUUUCAUUUGUGCAUUUGAUGAAUUAAUAUAUCCCUAAAAUUUUGAGUCAAUUUUGUGCUUAAAAAAUUACACAAUUCAUGUUUACAGUUGGAAAAAUAAAUGUCUGCUUUAAAUUUUUAUUGAUACAACAAUAAAUUAUCUUAGAAUAAUGUUAAUUAAAUCUAAAGAAUAAAAAAUUCUGGCAUUCAUCUUGCAACAUUAAUAUAAGUUUUUGUAGCAUUGUAUGUGGAGUUGUGAUAUAUUGUUGAUUGUGGUAAAAUACAUUGUGUUACCAUUUACUGAUAUUUUAUUAGUAAUUUUUCAUAUUUAAUAAUUUCAUAUAUUUUAUUUUAUUUCAUUUCAUUUAACUGUCACAUGGAAUAACAAAACAGCUUGAUCCCAUGAUGUGUAUAUUACAGUAUAUCAAAAAAUGGUGUUGAAAUGUCCUUUAAAUAUUGAAAUUUUGACUAAGACACAUUUUACGAACAUUACAGAAAUGUACAAAAAAUAAUAAACAGAAUAUUCACAUUUCAAUAAAAAUAACUUUACUUCUUACUCAAAGAAAUAUAUUACUUUUGCUUGUGCAUAUUUUGCAACCUGGUGUCAUUUUAACAAGUAUUAUUUACGUACAUUCAACUUGCAUUUUAAUAAUUUUAUAUAUUUUACUUAAUAUAUAGAAUUCUCCUCAAAAUGCUAUUUAGAAAAUUUAUAAAAAUACAAUUAUCUUCACUGCACUUGCCUUUUCAUUACAACAUUAAGCAACACUUCAGUUCUUUCUUAUUCUAUGAUAUCUGUCAUGAUCACUAUGUAACAGACACCUGAAGUAAAAGC